ACGUUCCCAUAGACUAUAAAACUGGCAGUCAGCUUGUUACAGUUAUACCAUUCUACGUCAUGAUGUCCACCAAGCUGCUUCUGCUGGUCACUCUAUCUUGUCUGGCGGCCGUCACGGCUCAUGGAACAUUUUGUUGUAUGAGUGGUACAUGGUCAGCAACGAUGUCGGACAUCCAAGUUAUCGCCAGUGGACAACAUAUAACGUCCGACUACUACUACGACAGCUACCAUCUGACCGUCGCCAUCCAGUACUACGACUUCGGAACGUCCACGCGUAAGCGUGUGUUUAGGAACAGGGUUGUUACAGACUACGCGAAGAGAGUACGCUACUACAUUGCGGCUGAUGGCACAUGUACAAAAGGAAACAUCACAGAAACCAUGCUCCCAAACUGCAUCCCAGUCACAUCUACAUACCUUGGCACCAGCUAUAUCGGUACCAAGAAAAAUGGGGUGAAAUACGACAGUUGGCAGAUAGCUCUGGCAGGCCUCAAUGCCACUGUGAGCUACACCAACCCCGACUGCAUCCUAGUAGGGAUGGCGGUCGUUGGCACACCAACAGUUCCAGUAAAUCAAGCGCUCUUCUUCAGCGGAUACAAGCUCGGCAUUCAAAAUCCUUCUGUCUUUGACGUUCCAAUUUCCUGUUAUCGUCCCAGGCCCAGGCCGAUAUAAUCAUGGCUCGCCGUUUAUCCGUUAUCACUGCCCAUCUUAUUGCUGCUACUGUACAAAAUAGCAUUUCAUACAGAUAUGAAUAGGUUUCUGUGACAAUAAAUGUUUAUAGCGUUCA